AUGACAUCCAUCCCAAGACCAAGCCAGGAGAAAGUUCACGAACUCGUGAACAACAAAGUUGCCAUUGUUACAGGAGCAGCCAGGGGCAUCGGCUUCGCCACUGCAUCCCUUCUGGCGCAACACGGAGCUCGAGUUGUGCUGGCAGACCUGCACGAGGAUGAUCUGAAAAAGGCCUGUGAGAAGAUAGGUGAACGAUCAACAUACAAAGUCUGCGAUGUCAGUGACUGGGAUCAACAAGUGGAAUUAUUCCACCAUGUGUCGAGUACGAUCGGGCCGAUCGAUUUGUUGGUCUGCAAUGCAGCCAUCAACCCCGAAAUCGCAUUGCUGCAGCAGAGAUCCGACUUGCAGAAGCACGCGGAGAUGAACGCACAGGUUCGCUACAAUUACCUGGCGGAAGAAAAAAACUCACAGAAACCCGAGACUCUUCAACGACCUUCGACCGCGCUGUUCAAUGUAAAUUUGAACUCGGUCAUUUUUGGACUGAAGCUGGGCGUUCACUACAUGAGGGGCGGUCGAAUCGUGGUCAUCGGAUCUGCGGGUUCGUACGUGCCGAUCCCUUCCCAGCCGCUUUAUUGCGCCAGUAAACAUGCCGUACUGGGGUUGGUGCGUAGCACUGCUCUGAUGGAGGAAGUGACGCGGUCGGGGACGACGAUUUGUUGGAUCGCACCCUGGUUGACUUUGACCUCCAUGGUGGAGGGCAUCCGGGAAGUCUCAGAUCCUGAUAUGUUAAAGAGCUCCCCGGAUGACGUCGCAUGGGCCAUUGUUACGGCUAGUGCGGCAGAAACUUCAAAUGGUAAGGGGUAUUGGGUGCAGGGCCCUACCGUCAGCGAAGUGGAGGGGGUUUACGGCGAGGUGGCGGGGCAAUUGAUGUCUCGGGUGUAG